CAUGCUUUCAAAUGACAUCGUUCGGAGCAACAGAAAUAGUUCGAAAUACUAAUGCAAAUGGUCAACAAUACAAUUCUACAUUCAAAAUCAGAGGCCAAGUUUAUCAUAAAAUGGGCUCACUGCUGCCAAUGCCAAACGAACCACAUAAAUUCUUACAAAUCUACUUUAUGGGCAGCGAGGAUUCCGGAAGCGCACUUGCCAAUCGCGUGAAUGCACGUUGUGAUUAUAAUAACCUUGAUUCAUUUUAUGCCAGACGCAUCGUCAGCGAGCUAGAUGCUCUAUUGAACGAGCACAACGAAUUGUUGAAAAUAUUCAAAUCACAUAUGCACCAAUUACAAAGCGAUAAUCACGCUAUCGUCAUUAAUCCUGAUAAAACACCAGCUGGAGAGCAUAUUCGUAGAUUCAAUGCACCAGUUGUUGAUGAUGUUGCUGGAAUCAUGGUUGGCGAUUGUACAGCUGCACGAGAAAUUGUGAUUCGUAGAAGAAAUAAUAAUCUUCACUUCAUUACUGACACACAUCGCUCAUAUGACGCUCUCCAAUAUCCGCUAAUGUUCUGGAAGGGACAAGACGGAUAUUGUAUAAACAUAAAACAACGAGAUCCCGUAUCAGGAGCUGAAACAAACAAGAACGUUAGCUCAAAGGAUUAUUAUGCGUACCGAUUAAUGAUUAGACGUGGCCUGGACAACGUCAUUCUACGAUGUCGUGAGCUUUGUCAACAAUUCAUGGUGGACAUGUACGCGAAGAUUGAGAGCGAACGACCACGAUACUUACGAUAUAAUCAACUAAAGCUACGCGCGGAAGAGUACAUUCAUUUGCGAGACGCUAUCAACAACAACGCCGACGUGGCCGAAAUUGGUAACCAUGUCAUUUUACCAUCAUCGUACGUAGGAAGUGCACGUCAUAUGCAAGAAUAUAUACAGGAUGCUCUGACAUUCGUGCGCGAAUAUGGACGACCAUGUUUAUUUAUCACGUUCACAUGUAAUCCAAAAUGGCCAUAGAUUGCAUCUUUGCUACUGCCUGGCCAAAAUGCAAUACAUCGCCAUGACAUUACAGCACGUGUGUUCAGACAAAAGUUGAAGUCUUUAAUAAGUUUCAUUACUAAAUUACAUGUAUUCGGUCCCACACGUUGCUGGCUGUAUUCGGUUGAGUGGCAAAAGUGAGGAUUACCUCAUGCACACAUUUUGGUAUGGUUAAUUGACAAAAUCCGUCCUGAAGAAAUCGAUAGUAUC